UUCACUCCUAGGCAACGGCGGAAGUGGAAGGGCCGCGGCCUGGCUCAGACGCAGACCGGACGGCCCCGGGAGUCGCCAGCGCCCAGCCCCGCCCCGCGGAGACAUCAUGAGUGACCAGCAGCUGGAUUGUGCCUUGGAUUUAAUGAGGCGUCUGCCUCCCCAGCAGAUAGAGAAAAACCUCAGCGAUUUAAUUGACUUGGUCCCAAGCCUCUGCGAAGAUCUCCUGUCUUCUGUUGACCAGCCAUUGAAAAUCGCUCGAGAUAAGGUGGUGGGAAAGGAUUAUCUAUUGUGCGACUACAACAGAGAUGGGGAUUCAUAUAGAUCACCGUGGAGUAACAAAUAUGAUCCUCCUCUGGAAGACGGUGCCAUGCCAUCUGCCCGCCUGCGCAAGCUGGAGGUGGAAGCCAACAAUGCCUUCGACCAGUACAGAGACUUGUAUUUUGAAGGUGGAGUCUCCUCUGUCUACCUCUGGGAUCUGGAUCAUGGCUUUGCUGGUGUGAUCCUCAUUAAGAAAGCUGGAGACGGAUCAAAGAAGAUUAAGGGAUGCUGGGAUUCCAUCCAUGUGGUGGAAGUUCAGGAGAAGUCCAGUGGUCGUACUGCUCAUUACAAGUUGACCUCUACAGUGAUGCUGUGGCUGCAGACUAACAAAACUGGUUCCGGUACCAUGAACCUUGGAGGGAGCCUUACUAGACAGAUGGAGAAAGACGAGACUGUGAGCGAUUCCUCUCCACACAUAGCCAAUAUUGGACGCUUGGUAGAGGACAUGGAAAACAAAAUCAGAAGUACGCUGAAUGAGAUUUAUUUUGGAAAAACAAAGGACAUUGUUAAUGGACUGAGGUCUGUGCAGACUUUUGCAGACAAAUCAAAACAAGAAGCUCUUAAAAAUGACCUGGUGGAGGCUUUGAAGAGAAAGCAGCAAAGUUAAAAUACUCUUCAUGCUAACAAGACAUGCCAUGCACUCAUUAGAUUCCUUUCUUAGAAAAUUCAUUUUCUCCCCUGCCCCCCUUUUUCUGUUACGUCAUGUCACAGUUUGCAUUCAGUACUAUCCAUGCAAUGCCAUCUUCUCCCUAUAAAUAAAGCUGUACAAACUUUUUCAGUCUCUGAGGCCUACUUUGCACCCCAUUUUACUAUCAGGACCUUAGACUCUGUUUCCGUAGAAGUCAUGUAUUUUUAUUUUUUUUUUUCUCUUCAACCCUCCCCCAUUUAUAUGCAUAAACACCAAUCAUUCUGUUUGUCUGUUCCUCCCCUUCCUGCCUUUUGUUACAUUGGUGUAAAAAAUGUAAAACAAAAAAAUUUAUUAAAUACUGUGGUGUGUGAAAGCGGAAGAACUGGAAAAACCUAUUCCACGUAUGUUUGGGGGCUGGGCACAGGGGAUGGCUGGCGGGAGGGAGGGAAGAGAGGGUGUUCCUCGGUGUUGUACUAUACUGACUCAACCAGACGUGCAAGGGGACAUUGAUUUGGUGACCUGCUGAAAGUUCUGCUCUUCUACAGCCUGGUUCCAAGGCGCUUUUCUGUCAAUUUUUAUGGAAUGCAAAAGGGGAUUUUGUUUUGAUUUAUUUUUGUUUUUUGUUUUUUUUGUAAAGCUUGAAUUGAAUCUACAUCUUAUACUUGAGCCUCCAUACUAAAAAGAAAAAAAAACUUAAAAAAAAAAAAUGACAACAAAAAAUAAAAAUAAAAAAAAUCCCGGGAA